UUGCGCUCAAGUAUCAUGAGCAACGAGAAUGAGGGUCAGUACGUACGAGAUCGAUCUGCAUGUGAAAUACCGCAAAUAAGAAUAAAUCAUUGUCACCUGUAGAUACGACUGUGGUUUUAUCUCACGCCUGUUAGAGAAGAAAACUGUGAGAAAGUUGCUCGUCAAAAAUGUCAAAGAAAAUAGCAACGGAAUUGAAGAAGGAGGAUGUCUUGCAAGCUGUUGUACUUGCAGACGAUUUCACUGUGAAUUUGAAUCCCAUGCACAAUAUAUUUCCGAGUGUAUUAACGCCGGUUGUAAAUAUCCCGUUGUUGGACUACCUGACAGAAACUUUAGUUAAAUGUGAAAUACAAGAAUUAUUCUUAUACUGUAGCAAUCACAUACAACUCUUGAAGAAGUAUAUAAAAAAUAAGAACUUCAAAGACCUCAAUGUACACCUGAUCAUUUCUGACGGUUGUCGAUCGCUGGGCGAUGCUCUAAGAGAUAUUGAUACAAAAGGCUUGAUUCGAGGCAAUUUCAUCCUUAUUAGGGGAGACGCAUUUACGAAUGCAAAUCUGAAAAACCUACUUGAUUGGCAUCGAUCCAAAACAAAACAAGAUAAGGGGGCUGCUAUGACUCUAGUAUUACGUGAUCUAGGAUCUAGCAAUGUCUCCUCUCAAGAAAAUGAAACUUGUAUGAUAGCCGCUGAUAAUUUGAAUAACAGAGUAUUAUUUCAUCAGAAACUUAACGUUGAAGAUAAAAAGGUCAAACUAGAAUUGCAAUGGUUUUUAGACCAUGACCAUGUUGGAAUACACAGCAGUUUACUAGACAGUCAUAUUUACCUAUGCUCUGCCUUAGUCCUGCCUUUAUUUUCUGAUAAUUUUGACUUCCAGACAAUGGAAGACUUUAUUCGGGGCCUAUUGAUCAACGAGGAGAUUUUAGACUCUCGAAUAUACUGGCAGAAACUGAACGCUGAAGAGUAUGCACUGCCUGUUACUUCUUGGAGAGCAUACGACACUCUAAGCCGUGAGAUUCUUCAGAGACGAGGGUAUCCUCUAACCGCAGAUACCAUGCCAAGUACUAAAAAUUUUGUAUACCUUAGAAGGAGUACCUAUAAGCAUAGAAGUGUGACUUUAGCAAAAGGUUGCACAUUGGAGCGUGACUCGAUAAUUUGUCCCAAUAGUAAACUUGGAGAGAAUACUUAUAUAACGAGUUCAGUAAUUGGUGAGAAUUGUAAUUUGGGUAAUAAUGUGAGGGUAGAAAAGUCGUACAUACUAGGUGACGUCACCAUUUGCGAUAAUUGCAUAAUAAAAAACUCUGUCAUUUUCUUCAAUAGUGAGCUACAACAUUCAGUUGAUAUUAAUGGUUGUAUAAUAGGCCCUAAAUUGAAGCUGAAGAGUAAAAGUACUUAUGUAGAUUCUGUUAUGCAAUUGGAUGGUAAGGGUGGUAUAGCUCAAACACCGAUGAGCAAAGCAAACCCUGAUACAAAUGAGGAUCUAUCGUUCUUCAAGUAUGCAGAUGCAGGCAAAACAAACUCAGAUCAUUCGGAUUUUGAUGAUGGUAGCAGCAGCGAAGAAGAGUCAGAUUUAGGAGCUCCGUUACCUGACGAUACGCACAUGUUUCUGACAGAAGUAAUUGAUAGUUUGUUACGUGGGUAUCAGGACAAAGUGAAAUGUGAAAAUUUAAUUUUAGAAAUUAAUUCUUCAAGAUAUGCUUACAAUGUUAGCAUACGUGAAGUUUCCUACAAUGUAGUCAAGGCUAUCUUGAGUCUACCGUUACAUUAUCUGUCUGAGAUCGGCACUGAUCACUCUACAGCAAAUUAUCAGAAAACGCUGAAACAAAUGCUUGAAUAUUUUCACACGAUUCUUGCAAAUUACGUAAAAACAGAAGAUGCGCAGGAGGAUUGCUUGCGAGCAAUCGAAGACACGGUCGCUACAAAUGAAGAGGUACUGCUCGGUGCCCAGCUUUUGUUUAAUUAUUUCUACAAUCGAGAUGUACUGGGGGAGGACAAAAUUCUCGAAUGGUAUCAGCUGAAUGAUGACGAUGAAGAUGACAUGCAAAAGGAAGUAAGAUCCAAAAUCAGAAAAGUUGUCCAACCGUUUAUUAAAUGGUUACAAGAAGCUGAAGAGGAUUCUAGCGAAGAAGAGGAAGACAGUGAUUAAGUCAGACUUCUGAUAUAUACAUGAGUGAUACCGAUGUACAGACCCCCAUGGAUUUCUCUAGACUUACCUUAGCAUGAUAGACGUACCAAGUCUUUUGAUUUUUGCGUACUCUGGAUUCUUUGAUUUUUGUUUUCAAGGAAUUCUUUGGUCAUGAAUAGGAGUAUGUUACUCCGGGAAGCGAUUAUAUAUUUUAAUUUUUAAAAUAAAUAUUAUUUUAUUAUUCA